CAAAAAUGUUAAUCUAUACAUUUCGCAAUCAAAUAACCUUUAUAUAAAAAAAAACACUUGAAAUAUAUGAUAUAAAUAAUAAUAUUUUUAUCGAAUUAUUUUAUACUUGAACAAAAUGAUAUCCAAAACGGUCGUGUAUACUAUCCUAUUUUAUUUGGUGAGAAUAAUUUUAGCCGAACCUGACGGUACAAUAGUUCAAUUGGAAAAGGGUAAAAUCCAGGGGAUUAUUCGAAAAAGUGAGAAUGGAAACGAUUAUUACGCCUUUCAAGAGAUUCCCUAUGCUGCCCCUCCUGUAGGAUCCAAAAGAUUUCAGCUACCUCAAGAACCUAAACCAUGGGAAGGCAUCUUAAACACAACAAGAAAUACUAAAGUUUGUAUACAACCAAAUAUUGGAAAUGUUAAUCUAGAACAGAGGCAAGAUGAAGAUUGUUUGUAUUUAAAUGUGUAUACACCUGUUAAACCUGGUAGUAACAAGAAUCUACUUCCUGUUUUACUUUGGAUACAUGGUGGAGCUUUUGUAUUUGGAUCUGGAAGGUACGAAGAAGUUGGACCAAAAUAUGUUAUAGAUCACGGAAUUGUAGUUGUUACUAUUAAUUAUCGUGUAGGUCCAUUUGGUUUUGUGGGAACUGACGACGGUACCAUCCCUCUUAAUCUUGGUUUAAAAGACCAAAGAUUAGCAAUAGAAUGGGUUAAUAAAAAUAUUGAAUUAUUUGGAGGAAAUCCAAAUCAAGUUGUUAUAGCUGGAGAAAGUGCUGGUUCAAUGUCAUUGGCAUAUCAUAUUUCAAGUCAAAAGCCCGACGAAAACUUAUUCCAUGGAGUGAUAAUGCAAAGUGGGUCAUCUAUUUGUAGUGGACUAAAACAAAGUAAUCCCAAUAGCGUAGCGUUUAACCUUGGAAAAUUGGUUGAUAAAAGUUUUUCAUCAAAUAGUACAUCAGAACUACUAACGGUGCUACAAAAUGCUGAUGUCAAUGAUAUAAAAACCGCAGGAAUAACUGGUGCAGUUACUGUGGAAAAAGAAGGUUUAUUUUCUGUUCCUGCUUACCAAGCUUUCAUAGAUAAGAAAUAUAAAAAAGUUCCAGUUUUAAUUGGAAUUAAUUCCGAAGAAGGACUUGCGUUUAGUUUACCUAAGGAUGAUGAUAAGCUGAAAGAAAUUGAUGCUGAUCUAACUAAACUGAUAUCAGAUCGGGUUAAUAUCGCCCCCGAAAACAGACAGACUGUAGGAUUGUUAUUGAAGCAAUUAUAUGUUGGCAAUAGUUCAUUUGAAAAAGAUUUUGGUGGAUACAUAAAGUAUAGAAGUGAUAUGGUCUUUACAAAUGGAGUAACCAAGCAAGUAGAAUUAAGUUGUACAGAUGCUCCGUAUUAUUUUUAUCAGUUUUCCUAUAAGGGAGAACUGGGACAUCAAAUGGGAUUUUUGCCAACCCUUCCAGACAAUGUUGAAAAAGUAACACAUGCUGAAGAUUUACCAUAUUUGUGGGAAGACUCUCUUCACGGUGACCUAAGUCAGUAUCCAAAAGAAGAUGGGUUGACGUUACAUAGAAUAGUCAAAAUGUGGACUAAUUUUGUUAAAUACUUCAAUCCAACUCCUGAGCCAGAUCCACUCCUCGGCAACAUUACCUGGUUUGCGACUGAACCCAAUAGUCUCAGAUACUUAAACAUCAACGCUACAUGUGAAAUGCGUGAACAUCCAAGGCAUUAUCAACAGGUCAAAGAAAUUUUAGAAAAGUACAUGGUACCUCCGUUUGACAGUUUUUCGUAAAAGAAAUAAUUCUGAUAAAUACAAAAUGUGUACAUAAUAAAGUAUAAAUUAUU